CAGCUUUUUCGACAUGGCUGCGUCGAGACGUUUGUAUUCUAUGUUCAAGUGAAAGGUAGACGAGUGAGUGUGAGUGGCUGCCUUUCUUGCGACUUGUCCGAUUCGCUUUGGACUCGUACGCUAGGAAGUGAAAGUUUCCUCUCAAUCGACCACUUCUUUGGGAUGUGUCUUGGGGUCCCCUGGAAAUGGCACAAGCUGAGUUAGCUAUGCAGUCCAGGAAGGAUCUCCUGCAAGUCAUCAGGGACCAGCAAAAGGAGCUUGAGAAGUAUCAGUCCAAAAUCAGAGAUGUUGUCACUGCAUACAAAAGUCUUCAGAAGGAGAAAGAGUCACUUGCAGCAAGUUUAACAGCAUUGAAAGUGGCCAAAGGAGCUGGGAGCAGUAGCAAGACACCCAAUGAACUAAGUCCUUUCCCUCAUGCCACAUCUUCAUCAGAAUCAUCAUCUUCUUCCCAACAAGUUCUUGAUCCUCCUGAUGUUACUAAGGUUGAAGGAAGAUCUUAUGAAGGAUCAGCACAACAUUCACAGCACCAUGGGAGUGAUGUUGAUGAAUUGGUGCAGCAGGUUGAAACAUUGAGUGAUGCCCUGUCCACCAUCACAUCUGAGAAGUCUCGUAUGGAGGCUUCCUAUCAAGCUGAUAGGAGAAAAAUCUUUGAGGAGAAGAAUGAGCUACAGCAACAGCUUCAUGAGUCACAGCAGAAACUGGCUGAAAAAGUGGAUCUCAUGGAAGCUCUGCAUGUCAGAGUCAGAGAUCUACAAAGGGAAAGAGACAAGGAGGAAGUCCAGCAUGCACUUCAGAUUCGGGAGUUGCAGCAACUUGUGAGCAAUUUACGCUUGAAGGUUGAGAAAACUGAGGAAGAGCUGAAUGAGAAAAAUGAGCAGCUGCAACAGAAACAAAAUCAGGACUUCAAAGGAGAGACUAGGAAAGAAUCAGAGCUCAUUAAAGGUCUACGAAAGGAGCUUGCAUCUCUGAAAGAAGAAUUGCGAGCCUCCAGGGACAAAGUACCCCCUGUUCAGGAGAGAAGACCAUCUCUCAUUGCAAUAGAAGAUUUUCAGCGUCAACAUGAACACUACCUGGAAAAGGAACGUCAGCAUUGCCAAGAAGUAGAAGUAAAAGCUGAGGCAGUGCAAAAGGAAAACCAAGAGAGAAUUGCAUCCUUAGAGGCAUCACUUGCAGAUCUCUCAACUACCCUGGGCCAAUAUGAAGUCUUACGACAACAGGAUCUGGAUGUCAUCCAAAAACUCAAGAGUGAGAGGGAAGAGUAUGAGGAUGAAAUCAGGAGGCUGAGAGAGGAGGUUCAUCGAACCAGAAUCCGAGUUCGAUCUCCUCUUCCCCAGAGACAGAACAGUGGAACCAGUGAUGCCUCUUUGGAGAUGGAGAAGCUUCGAACCCAGAUCAGUGAGUACAGGGAGAAGAUCCUUGUUCUUAACAAGCAAUUCCAUGACAUGGAAGAGGAGUACAAAAGUACCAUCAAUUUUCUACAAGAGACUCUACAAGAGGACAAGCAGAAGCAUCGCAAGGAACUUAAGGCUCUGGAACAUGAAUACAAAGUCAAACUCUGUGACAUUGAGAAGGAGAUAGAGAGCCAGCGGAACCGGACUCUAUCACUCUUGACUGAGAAAGAUGGAGAAAUCGAAGAUUUACGUCAGAAGUGGGAAGCAGCCAGAUAUGGUGUUCCUCUAGAGGGAUCAAACUAUCCUCAAGGUCUAGAGACAUCCGAGCCCAAAGGGGAAACCAUGCUUCUCUUCUACACUCAGGAAUUAGCCCGUAAAGAUGUGGAACUUUCAGCCCUUCGAAGGGAAAAGCAUGAAGAUCAAAUUGCUCUUAGGCAACUUCAACAAAAACUUCUUAACAAAGAAGACAUUCAUCAGGAACGAGAAGCCUGCCUGGAGGAAGAAAUUGAUAGGUUGCAGAGGAGCAUUUCUCGAGAAGGUGAGAAUUUAGAAUACCUGAAGAAUGUGAUAGUGAAUUAUUUAAGGACGCCAAACCCAUCAGACCGACAACACAUGCUUAAUGCCAUCUGUGCUGUCCUCAAGUUCACAGACAAAGAAGUGGAUAUAGUACGAAAGCAUCUUCGGUCUCCAACUGAUCAGUCCAUUCCAUUUAGGUCUAUUGAAGCCACUAAACUCAUGUGUCGCUAUCAAAAGGAGCCAUUCUUGCAAGAGGGUUUGGGGACAUCUGUGGUCUCUGGUGAGGAAAAAUGA